AUGGCCAAGAUUAACACCCAAGUCUCCCACCCUGUGGUAAGGACCAUGGACAGAGAUCUCGACCACGUUGAAAAUGGCCUCAGCAGGGUCCACUCGCGGGGUGAGGAGACUUCGUCAGAACUGCAGCAGGAGAUCGCCAUGGAGACCAGAGAACAGGCUGAGUCCAGGCAAAGCUCCUACACCAGCCAGGGGCAGGCCAGGGUAUCUCGCCUGAUCAUCUCGCUGCGAGCAUGGGCCACCAGGCACUUACAUCGUGAGGCCCAGAGACCAGAUUCCUUCCUGGAGCGUUUCCGCGGAGCCGAGCUCAAGGAGGUGUCCAGCCGAGAAAGCAAUGCCCAGUCAAAUGUGGGCAGCCAGGAGCCACCAGACAGGGGGAGAAGUGGCUGGCCCCUGGCCAGAAACAACACCAACACCUGCAACAAUUCAGAGGAUGACAAGGCGAAAAAGGAGGAGAAGGAGAAAAAGGAAGAGAAAGAGAAAAACUGCACAAAACAAGAGGAAAACAAGAAGGCCACCAUGGUGAUGGACCCCUCCAGCAACAUGUACUAUCGCUGGUUGACUCUCAUUGCCCUGCCUGUCUUCUAUAACUGGUGUCUGCUGGUGUGCAGGGCCUGUUUUGAUGAGCUGCAGUCUGAGCACGUGAUGCUGUGGCUGCUCCUGGACUACUCGGCAGAUUUCCUCUAUGGCUUGGAUGUGCUGGUGCGAGCCCGGACAGGCUUCCUGGAGCAAGGCUUGAUGGUCAAGGAUGCCCAGAGGCUGUGGAAGCAUUACACAAAGACUGUGCACUUCAAGCUAGACAUAUUGUCCCUAGUUCCCACAGACCUGGCUUAUUUUAAGUUGGGUGUAAACUACCCAGAACUGAGGUUCAACCGCCUACUGAAGUUUUCCCGGCUCUUUGAGUUCUUUGACCGCACGGAGACGAGAACCAACUACCCCAAUUUGUUCAGGAUCGGAAACUUGGUCUUAUACAUCCUUAUCAUCAUUCACUGGAAUGCUUGCAUCUACUUUGCCAUUUCCAAGUUCAUUGGUUUCGGGACAGAUUCCUGGGUCUAUCCAAACAUCUCAAACCCAGAGUAUGGACGCCUCUCCAGGAAGUAUAUUUACAGUCUCUAUUGGUCCACCUUGACCCUGACCACCAUCGGAGAGACCCCACCCCCUGUAAAAGAUGAGGAGUACGUGUUUGUGGUCAUAGACUUCUUAGUGGGCGUCCUAAUCUUCGCCACCAUUGUUGGCAAUGUGGGCUCCAUGAUCUCGAACAUGAAUGCUUCACGGGCCGAGUUCCAGGCCAAGAUUGACUCCAUCAAGCAGUACAUGCAAUUCCGCAAGGUGACCAAAGACUUGGAGACACGGGUGAUCCGGUGGUUUGACUACCUGUGGGCCAACAAGAAGACGGUGGAUGAGAAGGAGGUGCUGAAGAGUCUCCCAGACAAACUGAAGGCCGAGAUCGCCAUCAAUGUGCACCUAGACACUCUGAAGAAGGUCCGCAUCUUCCAGGACUGCGAGGCAGGGCUGCUGGUGGAGCUGGUGCUCAAGCUGCGGCCUGCAGUGUUCAGCCCAGGGGAUUACAUCUGCAAGAAGGGCGACAUUGGAAGGGAGAUGUACAUCAUCAAGGAGGGCAAGCUGGCUGUGGUGGCUGAUGACGGGAUCACCCAGUUCGUGGUCCUCAGUGACGGGAGUUACUUUGGGGAGAUCAGCAUCCUGAACAUCAAAGGAAGCAAGUCAGGGAACCGAAGGACGGCCAACAUCAGGAGCAUCGGCUACUCAGACCUGUUCUGCCUGUCCAAGGAUGACCUGAUGGAGGCUCUCACUGAAUACCCGGAAGCCAAGAAGGCCCUGGAGGAGAAGGGGCGGCAGAUCCUGAUGAAGGACAACCUGAUCGACGAGGACGUGGCCAAGGCCGGGGCAGACCCCAAGGACAUCGAGGAGAAGGUGGAGCACCUGGAGUCCUCCCUGGACACCCUGCAGACCAGGUUCGCCCGGCUCCUGGCCGAGUACAACGCAACCCAGAUGAAAGUGAAACAGCGUCUCAGUCACCUGGAGCGCCAGGUGAAGGUCUCUGGGAGCGAACCCCUAUCUGAUGGGGGUAUUCCUGGGGAUGCCGCAAAAACAGAGAUCAAAGAGCAAUGA